GCAUAAAAUUAAACAUAAACAGUAGAUAAUCUCAUUAUUAAAAUCCAAAAUUAGUUGUUGUAAUGAAAAUUUUAAAGUCUAAUUGAUUUGAUUUGCUCUUGUAUACACAGUAAAAAAAAUAACAAAAUUGAACUGUUCACAAAGUCAAAUAGAAAUCCAAAUUGAAUAUGUAAAACUCAAAAUGAUAAUAAUGGAACAAAAUAGUGCCUGUUAACAUAGUUUUCUAUGUUCACAAUAAAAGCUGUAGAGUUAAAUAGUCCACCUUUCGAUACUUAAAUUCAGAAAUUUUAGUUUGUUUAAACUUUGACAAAAUUUUCAAGGUAAUUAGAUGACUUUGUUAUUUUUGUCAGUGAAUAACAACAUUAACAGGAAGGCAAGGCGCAAAGAAAGGGAAGGCAUCGAAACUGGCACGUCAACCGACUCAAAAUUAUACUUAGAAGCAGCUGUUCUAGAAAGAAAAUUGCCCGAUAUGGACAUGAAAACAUUAGUAGAAUUGCCCGCUGGUCUAGAUUACAAUGAAUGGCUUGCAUCACACACAAUGGCUCUAUUUGACCAUGUGAAUUUAGUUUAUGGGACAAUAAGCGAAUUUUGCACAAAUACAAGUUGUCCUGAUAUGACUGGACCAGGCCAAAGAACUUACCUAUGGUUCGACGAAAAAGGUAAAAAAACUAAAGUAGCCGCACCUCAGUACAUAGACUAUGUCAUGACAUUUAUACAAAAAACUAUUAGUGAUGAAAAUAUCUUUCCUACUAAAUACGCUAACGAAUUUCCGUCAUCGUUCGCGUCUAUAGUUCGGAAGAUAGUUAGACUAUUGUUCCACGUUAUAGCGCACCUCUACGCCGCCCAUUUCAGAGAGGUGGUAUUGUUGGGGUUGCAUGCACAUUUGAACUUGACCUUUGCGCACCUGAUGGCGUUGCAUCAUCGUUUUUCGCUGAUUGACGCCAAAGAGACCGAAGUACUUAGGGACUUAGAAAUAGCCUUGCAUUUAUCGGACGAUAGCAAUCACGAAUCUAGUGCACUUAACGACCCCACUGACGUGGAUGGUAAAGACAAGGAAUCUGAGAGCAAAUCACACACUUCGGACGAGAAUAGUAAGUGAAAAUAAUAUCGAUACAAGAAAAAAAAAAUAUUGAGUGGAGUUGCUCUCUGAAAAAAGUUUUAUGCGAAAAGAAUAAUUGUAGUUUUUCAAGACCAAUGAAUUAAAUAGUACAAUUCCGUUUAAAUGAAUUAUAAAUACACCGCACUCACACUUGGUGAAAUUUUAUUAUUUCCUAAAGUAUCGAUUAGA